AUGGCAAAUCGUGGGCUAUGGAAGAGACUGCGCAGCCACCUUAACUUCUAUCGUAUUCAUAUCCUAGCUUUCAUAUUUACCCCUCUCAUCUUUUCGGCGGUUUUCUAUGCAAGCAAUGGCCAGUAUCCUAUAUCCUAUAUCGAUUCCCUUUUUCUAUGCGUGAGCGCGGUGACAGUGUGCGGACUGGCGACGGUGGAUCUCAGCGCUUUGACUCCUUGGCAGCAAGUCUUGAUCUUUAUGCAGAUGUGCAUCGGUAGUCCGGUCUUCGUCUCUUGGCUGAUUGUGUUGGUGCGAAAAUACUACUUUGCCAAGACGUACAGCGGAUACGGAAGCCAUGUUCAGGACAGCGAACUCGCAGAAGAACACCCUCAGGGUCGCUGGGACGGCGAGGAAGACAGCAAGGAGGACCAUACACGGCGCGUCAAGGGCCCAAAGGCUCCGAAGCUGCGCCCAGACAUGAUACGGCGCGUAGAUAAUGAUGAGCCGAAACUCAUCAACCCUAGUGGGUGGAUUACUGGGAGCAACACAGCGGGCCCGCCAGUAGUGGGGACAGGUUUGAUUCGGCAGCUCACAUUCUCGGAGAAGACGCCUACCAUCCAGGAGGAGGUCAGGCAGCCUCAGCCCCCCCGGAGUGCUAUUUCUCCAGGCAGGAAAAGAUUUAGCCGCCGUCUCUCUGAUCCCGGCGCGGUGUCAAGACCGGCCUCGAUUGUCAACUUUCCUCGGUACGAAACCGUGGCCGCGCCUCAAGAGCCCCUUUUCCCGCGUACAAUGACCGUCGAGUUCGCGCCGCAUAACGCGCUACGUCGGCGUGGGCGCCCCGAACGCACAUACUCAAGUAACCCCUUGGAACGCACACGUACCAGGGAGGCUAGUGCGACCGGCAACCUGGACUUUGACGAACGAAGGUCUACGUAUCGCGGAUCGGUAGUCCCCGGGGUAUCGCUGAAUAGGUAUCCCACCAGCCAUGGUGCCCGCGCGGCACUUCCUCCGAUUCAUCGGGGGUUCGGAGGGUUCCCGAUGCCCCAUGCAAUCAUCGCCAAACUCUUCCGCAAGUUCUUCCCCAACGUGCACCACCGGCUUGCGAGGACGGUGACAAUACCACUGGCUCGCACGAUCACGACGCAUCCCGACGCCCACGCCGUCGCUGAGGGCGCAAAAAUCGUAACAUAUCUGAAGUUCGAUGCGAUCGUAGGGCGCAACUCGGCGUUCCACUUCCUCACCAAUGAACAGCUCGAACAGCUCGGCGGCGUGGAGUAUCGUGCGCUGAACGCCCUGCUGUGGAUUGUUGGAGCCUACCAUAUAGGCGUCCAACUACUCUCAUUCAUCGUCAUCGCGCCCUACAUGUCCCAGUCCCGUUGGAAACCCGCCUUUGUCCCCCCUCAACUACACAAGACUCUUGCGUCACCUUGGUUUUCUCUUUUUCAAGUUGUCUCUUCGUACACGAAUACGGGCAUGUCGCUGGUCGACCAAUCUAUGCUACCCUUUCAACAGGCAUAUGUUAUGAUAAUAUUUAUGAUAUUCUUGAUCCUUGCUGGUAAUACCGCCUUCGUCUCCUUUGCAAUUGCAUUCCUGAAUCUGCAUUCUGAACAUCGCAACAGUUGGAUAAUGUCGAAAUCCGUACCCGCUGGGUCCCGUACCUUUGAAACGCUCCAGUUCCUCCUCGACCACCCGCGGCGUUGUUUCAUAUACCUCUUCCCCUCACAACAGACGUGGCUCCUUCUUGCCAUUGUUCUAGGUCUAACAUUCACCGAUUGGUUCUUCUUCAUCGUGCUUGAUAUAGGCAACUCUGGUAUGGAGACGAUACCGCUGGGCGUGCGGUUUCUGCUUGGCUUGCUGCAAGCGGUUGCAGUCCGCGCAGCUGGCUUUGGGGCAGUCUCACUGUCUGUCCUCGCUCCUGCAGUGAAGGUCUUGUAUGUGAUCAUGAUGUACAUCAGUGUUUAUCCCAUCGCCAUGAGUGUGCGAUCGACGAAUGUUUACGAAGAACAAUCACUAGGGAUAUACAACGAGGAUGAAGGGCAAGGUGAAGAAGAGUCCCUACUGGAGGGCUCGACAAUGGAGGUUUCGAGAGUGUCGGUUUGGGGCCGUUAUCUGGCUAGGCACGCUCGCAUGCAACUUGCUUUUGAUAUGUGGUGGCUAGUCACCGCUGUCUUCCUUGUUUGCAUAAUUGAGCGCGCGAAUCUUGACGCGGUCGAAAAUUUCGGCUGGUUCAAUAUUUUCAAUAUCCUCUUCGAGUUGGUCUCUGCGUAUGGUACGGUUGGCCUCAGUCUUGGCAUACCGACGGAGAACUACUCAUUCUCCGGUGCAUUCCACCCUCUCUCCAAGCUCAUCGUGUGUGCAGUCAUGAUACGUGGCCGCCACCGCGGUCUUCCCGUCGCGAUUGACCGAGCUGUGUUACCGCCUGAAGAAAAAAUUGACAUCAAUCAGCAAAACCAAGAAGAUCAUGCUAAUCAGGACCAAGGCUAUGAUGGUACCGCACAACUACAACAACAUUACCAGCAGCAGCAGCAGCGGGAUGGUGGGGAUGCGCUUCCGAAGCAUCACGACCAGGACCUGUCGGACGAAUCUGAUCAUGCGGACCAGACGAGGCCUUCGAGCAGCGAAGAAUAUGCGGGCUCGACAGACGCUACAAGAGAGAAACGGGCUUCCUUUCUUCGGACUAAUACCCUCGACCACCGCCUUGCUACGUGA